GUCUCCAAUAUUAAUGUUUGUCGGCGCAGGUUUUUGCAGUGCAGUUUCUUAACAAAAAAAAUGAAUUUUCUAUAAAAUUGUUUUGUAGCCAUAAUAAUAGUAAAAUAAUUGUAAUUUCAAAGUUAAAAAUUAAUAAAGUCCUUAAAAAUCGAAAAAAGAUGUUCAAUGGCAUGGUACAGACCAUACGAAAUAGUGUCGUAGGCACGUAUCCUUCAUGUCAUGUAAAUUCCCGUCUGGAUGAACGUAGAGCUAAGGCAAGAGCAUUGAGGGCAGAACGUAGACGUAAGCCGGAUAAACCAGAUGAUUUUGUAACUUAUGAAGAUUCCGGUAGUGAUGAAGAGACACCUCAACAGCAAGAAGAAGUAUUAAAUACUUCCUACAAUAUAUUCGACUUUAUAAGAAGUAGAGAGAAUGGUUUAAGUGAGAGACGUAAUUUCAAUUUUGAACAAACAAGUCGUUAUGUUUUGACUCAUGAUAUGUUACGGGAGACCCAAAUCAAUUUGGGUUAUAUUAAUAAGGUAUUUUGCUCCAAGUGGCUAAGUAAUCGUCAAGUUAUAUUUGGUACCAAAUGCAAUAAGCUUCUUGUAUAUGAUGUUAAUAUGCGCCGAGUGGAUGCAAUUCCUACCUUAUCAACGAAUCGUGCUAAUCAUGCUGAGAUACAGGGUGGUCUUCAUGCAAUAGAAAUUAAUCCAAGUCGUACUUAUAUGGCAACUGGAGCUCGAAAUUCAGCUGAUGUUGCUAUUUAUCGUUUGCCAACAUUGGAUCCCGUUUGUGUGGGAGAGAAUGGUCAUCGCGAUCUAAUAAUGGGCAUGUGUUGGUUAGACGAUCAGUUUUUGGUGUCUGGUUCAAAAGAUUCGCGUAUGGCUUUAUGGCGUAUAAAUGAAGAUCACAUGGAAUUUCCAGAUGGUGGCAAAGAAUCGUGUCCUACUUUUGCCACAAUAAAUCCAUUGUGUGUACGAGAUUGCCGUACGGCUCAAAGGAUACGCUCACUUUGUUUUAAUAAAGAAUUUCGUGAGAUAGCUGCUUUAUCCCUAAAUGGUUACAUUCAUGUCUUCAAUGCUGAAACAUUUAAACAAAAACUAUCACGUAAACUGCCAAAUUGUCAAGAUAAUGUUAGUAUAGCAUACCAUAGCGAUGGUCUUUAUGCUAUAGGAUGCCGAUCAUAUACAAUACUAUUGGAUACAAGAACAUUACAGACAAUAAAAAAGAUUACCUCGCGUUAUAGUGGUUGUGGCAUUAGGGCCACAUCUUUUGAGGGUAAUCUUUUGACAGUGGGCACUGGUCUUGGUAUGCUAUUGUUCUACGAUAUACGUGCUGGUAAAUAUUUGGAAAGUAGUGUUAAUGCUUCGCGUACGGUAACAUUGAAGUGUAGUAAAGGCAUAGUGUAUCCUGAGGAUGAAAUGGAUGGCUUUAAUGUUAAAUAUGUGCCGGCCAUUUAUACGCAUUGUUAUGAUAGCACUGGUAUGCGUUUAUUUGCCGCUGGUGGUCCUUUGCCAGCAACUUUAGUUGGAAAUUAUGCGGGUGUUUGGCAAUAGUGUUAAUUUUACGUAGCUUUUUAGAUUAAAAUAAGAAGAAAAACAGAAACAAAUUAAACAAAUGUGAGAAAUUAAAACUGACUAAUUACUAAGUAAGACUUUAGCAAUAUUUAUUAAAAACAAUUAAAAAAUUAUUAUAAUGCAACUGUAUAUAAAAAUAUGUUUGUAUUAGGGGUGUAAUUGAAAUUUUAUUACUGUAACAUUUAUUAUUGUUUUUUUUUUUUUUUUUUGAUAUAUAAAUCGUAUACUUUUGAAGGUCGUUGUGUUAUAGGUUGGUUAUAUUUUAGAUUUCAAAAGUUAAUUAUUAAAUAUUUUUUAAAUUUUUGAAAAUUCAGCAUCUCUAACAUUGGGCCUUCUUUGGUAGAUUUUUAUUUUAUAUAAAGUUUUAACAGCUUUUUUCUAAAAAAAAAUGUCCUUUAAAUUCUUAUAAUUCUUUAAUCAUAUAUUUUUGUCUCUCUACCUGUAUGUUUGUUGAAAUCAAUUUUCAAACCUCAGAUAAUUCCCAGCUGCUAUGGAAAUUUACACAGUUAGCAGCAAGAUAGUUACCAAUUCGUUUUUAAUUAUGAAUAAGGAAGCUAUUCAUCGCGUGAUGCGAGUUUUGCCGUUUUUGCGCAUCAUAAUUUCUGUGAUGCAUAUAUGAACGUACUGCGCAUCAGAUGCAGUGCUGUGAUGCAUUUCCGUUGCUAUUGAUUCAUUGUUAUCCCCCUAUUCUGCAUUUCGAUUACGUUUCAGCAUUAAUUUAUUCAAUGGCCGAUAAAAAACGGAAUCGGAAAAAAGAAGAUGCAAUUCUAUUUCUUUCAAUGCCUUACGAUAGUGUGUAUCCUGCAUUAAUAAAUUAGUUACGAUUUUGUAAGUUGUUACUUUAGUGACGAAACGUUGAAUCAAAAUGCAGAAUAUUAAAGUUGUCAGGCGGAGAAAGUUUCUAUACGAAUUGGAAUCUAUAAUGGGGGUGAUUAAAAAAGUUAUACCCCUAAUAUGAAUAUAAAAGAAAAAUGCUUUUUAUUCACAGUUUAUUGAAUUGGGCAAAAAUAAAACGAAAUAUUAUUUAUCAAAAAUUCCAUUCAAAUUAUAUGCAAAUACAUAUAUAUAUAUAUAUUUACC